AUGGGACCUUCGAAGCACGGUACGGACAAUAACAGGGGCCUCACUGGGCACGCAUACACCCUCUAUCAGCGUUUCAAUCAUGCUCUCAGCCUCGGUAACAGAUUUUGUGGUGACAAGGCAAAAAAAUGGCAGUGUAAGGAUAUCGAGAUACAAAGACAUGUGGUCCACUCAAUAGCUGCAUUUCUUGAUUAUAUUUCUGGGGAUACGCUGCAUCACCCACUUGUGAAGGCUUCAGUUUCUGACAUCGUCGGUGCAUUGGUUUGGAUUCUUCAAUCUAACAAGGGAGCCAUGUUGAGCAUGGCAGCAGAUGUGACAUUAAAAUUAGUCAACAUUUUACCCAAAUCAGUACUGCAGAUUUAUGCAUUAGAUCUUGUUAAUCCUUUGUCAUCUUUAUUAUCUUCGCAUCAAACAGAAGUUGCUAUAUCAUGUGCUGCAGCACUGAAUCUUAGUCUUUCAAACUUCAGUACCAAGAGUGGAAAAGAAGUUUGGGAUGUUCUCGGGAAAACAGAAAUUGUACCUCAAGUUAUAAGUAACUUACGAUGCUUUCCUGGAUGUGCAAAGCCAGUAGAAUAUUUCCAACAGAUGGCUUUACUUUUGAGUACAAUACUAUGGUGGUGGCCUCCAUCUAGGUUUUCUGUUUGGAGUGAUGCUGAACUGAUGAAAGGUUUAAAUGAUAUGCUAAAGCUAGAUAAUUAUGGAAAAGCUGCAGUUUUGAAGUUGUUUUCUUCUAUAGCUUUAUGUGCUCAUGGGACCAAGAAAUUAUUAGAAAGUGGAGAGGUUCUUGAACAGAUGGUGCAAUGCAUGGACAACUCACAUCCUCAUUCUGUUCGAAUUGAAGGAUUCAAGCUAGCCCAAUGUUUAGCGAUAAAUGAAAUUACCUGCUUACAAAUGAUGACAUUAUGUUGCAAGCCUAUUAUCAAAGCCAUAAUUUCUGGAAUGAGUGAGUUGAGCUCAAAUUCUAAAAAGGUCUCCAAUGACCAGAUGUCUUUGCUAGAGGAGGCAUGUCGCUUGGCUCUGAUUACUCGUUGGACGGGGGAGCAUCACAUUCAUUUAUGGAAACAAGGGAUUGACAAAAUCCUCCUUCAUCUUCUCCUUAAUUUUCAGAACCAACCGCACAAACAUUCCAUGUCAUUGGAUGAGCAAAUAGCUGCUGCUAAGGAGGGUCUCAAUGCCAAUUAUCUUCUUAUUCUGAGGAGUUACAUUUGGGAUAUUCUUGGAUGGCUUGCAAUACAUUGUGGGGAGGAUUUCCACCCUGAAAGUGAACUCUACAUUAACAUCCUCAUUACAUGUGCAUGCUUGACCUUUGUUGAUGCAAUUCGAAAGUGGCAUAAAAUAUAUGAAAAGGAUAAUGCUGGUGUCUUCAGAAGUGAAUCAGCAACGAGGGCAGUUUUGAUGAUGAUUUAUUCUCCUUGCAAAUACAUUGCAUCAAGGACCAGAACCAUAUUGUCUGAAAUACUAGAGCCAGAUGGAUUGGAGUAUCUGAAAACCUUAGUGCAUUUUCUAAAUAAUCUCUCAUCUUGGACUGAAUUUGGAAUGCCAGAUAGACUCCAAAUUAUCAUUUAUUUAAUGGGGUUCGCAUGCUAUUCAGGUUUGCCACAGUACCAAACCUGGGUGGUCAAACGAAGAGGGGUAAAAACAUUGUUGGCUCUUAUGAGGUGGUGCUUAAGUAAUGAUUUCCAUUUAGAAAGAUCGAGCUUUGCUCCACAUUUGCAUAACGCAGUUUGUGAGAGGAUAUGCUGUUGGGUUUCUGCAGAAGACUGGGAAGGCAAAGACAUUCUUUUAUUUUACAGUUUGUGGGGACUGGCUGAGUUGAUACAGCAUUCUCUAUGUAUAGGAAAUAACCAAGACAGAAUUUCUUGUGAGAUGAGACAUAUAGAAGCUCAACUAGUUAGCGAACUUCAGGAUAUCUGUACCAACAGUUGUGCUCCUGGGCUGCAAUGGUAUGCUGCAUUUAUUCUUAGUUACUUUGGAUAUUAUGGCUUUCCAGGAAAACAUGCAAAAAGGAUUGGUAAAGCACUUAAUGAGAAGGAUGGUGCUGAUAUACAACUCAUUCUCGCAAAUGGGGAGUGUUUGAGUGUCCAUGGUGUUGUGCUUGCAAUUCAAUGUCCAUCGUUACUGCCUCCUGAAGUGCUGCUUCCUGGUGAGGUAACAUCUGAUUAUUCUUCAGGGGGAGGCUCUAUGGGGACUUGUAGAGGGUUUCAUAAAGACAUAAGAUUAUCUGCUCAUGUUGAUCACCAGGCGUUGGUGAUGUUGUUGGAGUAUAUCUAUUUGGGAUAUCUUCAAGCAGGAGAUGAACUUGCAAAAAAGUUGAGGACUCUAGCCAAACGCUGUAAUCUACAGUCUCUGUUGCAGAUGCUGUGUAGAAAACGUCCCAAGUGGGGCAUUGCUUUCCCAAGCGUAGAUCUUAAUGUAGCUCUGGGUCCAUCUGGACAUUGUUUCUCGGAUGUCAUACUAGAAGCUAAAGCAACUGAGCUCUUGGGCUGGACAUGUGGUGUUUGCUCUCUGCCACGGCCACAUAUGCAUGCUCACAAAGUUGUAUUGUCAUCAAGUUGUGAUUACUUGCGGGCCUUGUUUAAGUCAGGAAUGCAGGAGAGCCAUUUAGAAACCAUAAAGGUUUCUAUUAGUUGGGAAGCAAUGGUUAAACUAGGCGACUGCUUCUAUUCCGGUAAGCUGCCAAAGCCUCCCUCUGGAUGUUUAUGGAACAUUAUGGAUACUGGAGAAAAGUUGCAUGAGCUACAGCCAUAUGUAGAGCUUUUUGGGCUUUCUGAGUUCUGGCUCAUGCAAGAUGUUCAAGAAGCAUGCUCAGAUGUAAUCGUAUCAUGUCUUGGUUCUUCCAGAGAGUUGUCCAUUAAAAUACUACACGUUGCUGCCAAUUUAUCUGUGUGGAAGUUGGCCGAAGUUGCAGCAACUUAUGCCGCACCUUUAUAUCGCCAGCUAUGCAAUUCUGGCGAACUUGAAUCGCUUGAUGAGAUGCUGGUUGAAAUGGUUCGUGCAGCAUCUGUUCAACUCUCUCAACAGGGUGGUAACCAUUCUCAGUGA